CGAGGCGCCGGGGCCAUGGGCUGGGGAAGCCGCUGCUGCUGCCCGGGACGCCUGGACCUGCUGUGCGUGCUGGCGCUGCUCGGGGGCUGCCUGCUCCCCGUGUGCCGGACGCGCGUCUACACCAACCACUGGGCAGUCAAAAUCGCCGGCGGCUUCCCGGAGGCCAACCGCAUCGCCAGCAAGUACGGAUUCAUCAACAUGGGACAGAUCGGAGCCCUGAAGGACUACUACCAUUUCUAUCAUAGCAGGACGAUUAAAAGGUCAGUUCUCUCGAGCAGAGGAACCCACAGUUUCAUUUCAAUGGAACCAAAGGUGGAGUGGAUCCAACAGCAAGUGGUAAAAAGACGGACAAAGAGGGAUUAUGACUUCAGCCGUGCCCAGCCGACUUACUUCAACGAUCCCAAGUGGCCGAGCAUGUGGUAUAUGCACUGCAGCGACAACACGCAUCCCUGCCAAUCAGACAUGAAUAUCGAAGGAGCCUGGAAGAGAGGCUACACGGGAAAGAACAUCGUGGUGACCAUCUUGGACGAUGGCAUCGAGAGAACCCAUCCAGACCUGAUGCAGAACUAUGAUGCCCUGGCGAGUUGUGACGUGAACGGGAAUGAUCUGGACCCAAUGCCUCGUUACGAUGCCAGCAACGAGAACAAGCAUGGGACCCGCUGUGCUGGAGAAGUGGCAGCCGCAGCAAACAACUCUCACUGCACAGUCGGAAUUGCUUUCAAUGCCAAGAUCGGAGGGGUUCGGAUGCUGGAUGGAGAUGUCACAGACAUGGUUGAAGCAAAAUCGGUUAGCUUCAAUCCCCAGCACGUGCAUAUCUACAGUGCCAGCUGGGGCCCGGAUGAUGAUGGCAAGACCGUGGACGGACCGGCUCCACUCACCCGGCAAGCCUUUGAAAACGGCGUUAGAAUGGGGCGGAGAGGCCUCGGCUCUGUUUUUGUCUGGGCCUCAGGAAAUGGUGGAAGGAGCAAAGACCACUGUUCCUGUGACGGCUACACCAACAGCAUCUACACAAUCUCCAUCAGCAGCACAGCUGAGAGUGGGAAGAAGCCUUGGUACCUGGAAGAGUGUUCGUCAACGUUGGCCACCACCUACAGCAGUGGAGAGUCCUACGAUAAGAAAAUAAUUACCACAGAUCUGAGGCAACGCUGUACAGACAACCACACCGGGACCUCGGCCUCGGCCCCCAUGGCUGCGGGCAUCAUCGCCCUCGCCCUGGAAGCCAAUCCGUUUCUGACCUGGAGAGACGUGCAGCAUGUUAUUGUCAGGACUUCCCGUGCAGGACAUUUGAACGCUAAUGACUGGAAAACCAAUGCUGCGGGUUUUAAGGUGAGCCAUCUCUAUGGAUUUGGACUGAUGGACGCAGAAGCCAUGGUGAUGGAAGCCGAGAAGUGGACCACUGUUCCCCAGCAGCACGUGUGUGUGGAGAGCACAGACCGACAAAUCAAGACAAUUCGCCCCAACAGCGCCGUGCGCUCCAUCUACAAAGCUUCGGGGUGUUCCGAUAACCCCAACCACCACGUCAACUACUUGGAGCACGUAGUUGUGCGCAUAACAAUCACUCACCCGAGGAGGGGAGACCUGGCCAUCUACCUGACCUCGCCGGGAACCAGGUCCCAGCUUUUGGCCAACAGGCUUUUUGAUCAUUCCAUGGAAGGAUUUAAAAACUGGGAGUUCAUGACCAUUCAUUGCUGGGGAGAACGAGCCACCGGUGACUGGAUCCUUGAAGUUUACGAUACUCCCUCCCAGCUGAGGAACUUCAAGACCCCAGGGAAGUUGAAAGAAUGGUCUUUGGUCCUCUAUGGCACCUCCGUGCAGCCCUACUCCCCAACGAACGAGUUUCCUAAGGUAGAACGUGUCCGUUAUACCCGAGUCGAAGACCCCACCGAGGACUAUGGUACAGAGGAUUAUGCAGGUCCCUGCGACCCUGAGUGCAGCGAGGUUGGCUGUGACGGCCCCGGCCCGGACCACUGCAGUGACUGCUUGCAUUACUACUACAAGCUGAAAAACAACACCAGGAUCUGUGUCUCCAGCUGCCCCCCUGGCCACUACCAUGCUGACAAGAAGCGAUGCAGGAAGUGUGCCCCCAACUGUGAGUCCUGCUUUGGGAGCCAUGGUGACCAGUGUCUGUCCUGUAAAUAUGGAUACUUCCUCAACGAAGAAAUCAACAGCUGUGUUACCCACUGCCCCGAUGGCUCAUACCAGGACACCAAGAAAAGUCUUUGCCGGAAAUGCAGUGAGAAUUGCAAGACAUGUACAGAAUUUCACAAUUGCACAGAAUGCAGGGAUGGGUUAAGCUUGCAGGAUUCACAGUGUUCCAUCACCUGUGAAGACGGGCAGUACUUCAAUGGCCAGGACUGUCAGCCCUGUCACCGCCUCUGUGCCACCUGUGCAGGGGCGGGCGCCACCGGGUGUAUUAACUGCAACGAGGGCUACUUCAUGGAGGACGGGAGAUGCGUGCAGGCCUGUAGCACCAGCUAUUACUUGGACCACUCUUCAGAGCACGGAUACAAAUCCUGCAAGAAAUGUGAUGCCAGCUGUUUGACAUGCAAUGGUUCGGGGUUCAAGAACUGUACGAGCUGCCCCAGUGGGUAUCUCUUAGACCUAGGGACGUGUCAGAUGGGAGCCAUCUGCAAGGACGGAGAAUACAUCGAUGAGCAUGGCCACUGCCAGAUCUGUGACGCCUCGUGUGCCAAGUGCUGGGGGCCCACUCAGGAAGACUGCACUGGCUGCCCUGUCACAAGGAUUUUUGACAAUGGCCACUGCGUUUUCAAAUGUCCCUCAGGGAAAUUUGAAUUUCAGAACCAAUGCCAUUUGUGCCAUUACACCUGCCAAGAAUGCCAAGGAAAUGAGCCUUCCAACUGCACUUCCUGUGGAGUAGAUAAGCAUGGCCAGGAGCGCUUCCUGUAUCAGGGGGAGUGUUGGGAGAGCUGCCCAGCAGGCUACUACCCUGCUGAGGGGCACACCUGCCUGCCCUGCCCUGACAACUGUGAGCUUUGCCACAACGCACACAUCUGUGUACGAUGCACGGGAGGCUACUUCCUAGUGCCCACCAACCAUACCUGCCAGAAGUUGGCGUGUGGACAAGGUGAAGUCCAAGACCCAGACUAUGGAGAGUGUGUGCCUUGUGAAGAAGGAUGCCUGGGAUGCAACUUGGGUGAUCCAGGAACCUGUGCUUCAUGCGGUAUGGGGUAUUACAUGUUUCAGCACCACUGUCAUAAAACGUGUCCCGAGAGGACCUACGGCGAAGGAUCUGAAUGUAAACCGUGUGACACGAACUGCAGCAACUGUGACCAGCAUGAGUGCUACUCGUGUGAAGAGGGCUUCUUUCUCCUGGGCGGCACGUGUGUGCGCAAAUGUGGCCCCGGCUUCUACGGCGACCUGGAGACGGGAGAAUGUGAGCCCUGCCACCGGGCCUGUGAAACCUGCACUGGCUUUGGCCACCAGCAGUGUCGCACGUGCCGAGAAGGACUGCAGCUGCGGCAGGGGACGUGUGUGGGUCCCGCCCAGACCCCGGUGGAAGGCGAAUUCUGGAACGAACCUGCACCCACUGCAAACCCAUCUUUGGUGAAGACCUGGCCACAGAAACGACGGCGGAAGUUUCCAAUCAAAAGAGACAUUUUGAGAGGACACCAGCCUUGUCAUCCUUCUUGUGAAACCUGCAAUGAAUCUGCGACCCUGUGCACUUCGUGUCCGAAAGGCACGUAUCUGUUGGCCCAGGCCUGUGUCUCCUCGUGUCCCGAAGGCACAUGGCCCUCGGUGACGAGUGGCAGCUGCGAGAACUGUCCGGAGGACUGUGCCUCCUGCUCUGGAGCCAAUCUUUGCGGAAAGUGCCGGACUCGGCCAGACUUCCCUCUCUUCCUCCAUGAAGGCAGGUGCUACACCAGAUGUCCUGAGGGCUUCUACGCAGAAGACAGCGCAUGUAGGCGCUGCAGCGCCCCCUGCAGAACAUGUGAAGGAAAUGCCACCAGCUGCCGCUCUUGCCAAGGAGGCUUCGUCUUGGACCAGGGAGCAUGCCGGGAAAUCUGCCCCGAGAGGCACGUGGCCAUGGACGGGGUGUGCAAGCCUUGCCCCAAGAUGUGUCAGGACUGCAUCCAUGAGCAAACAUGCAAAGAGUGUAUGCCUGAGUCCGUCCUGUACAAGGACAUGUGCCAUCAGUCCUGUCCCCGCGGCUACUACGCAGACAGACGCCAGUGUGUCCGCUGCCACGAAGACUGUCUGGAGUGUGAUGGCCCCUCAGCGGAUGACUGUGACCUCUGUGCUGAGUCAUCCUCGGUUCUCUAUGAUGGACGCUGCUUGGAGGAGUGUCCGACAGGGACUUACUAUGAGAAAGAGACCAAGGAGUGCAGAGAGUGUCAUAAGUCUUGCCGGACCUGCUCGUCGCCUGGGACCUGCACCACCUGUCCGGAAGGCCUGGGGGUGGCCAGCCACGGACGCUGUGUGCCUCACAAGGAAUGUGCCCCCGUUGAGUACUGGGAUGAGGCUCUGGGAUGCAAGCCCUGUCAUGCUAAGUGUUUCCGCUGCACCGGGCCCGCAGAGGACCAGUGUCGCACCUGCCCGAGGGACAGCCUUCUUCUCAAUACGACCUGCGUGCAGGACUGCCCAGAGGGCUACUACGCUGAUGAGGACAGCCACCAGUGUGCGCCCUGCCACAGCUCUUGUAGGACAUGUGAAGGGAGACGCAGCACACAGUGCCUCUCCUGCCAACCAAGCUCGUUCCAGCUGGAAAAGGAGUGCCUGCCCCAGUGCAGGGAAGGAUAUUACGCAGAAGCCGCCACCGGACGGUGUGAGAGGUGCAGCAAGAGCUGCAAGGCGUGCCGGGGCCCGCGGCCCACCGACUGCCUAUCUUGCGAUACGUUUUUCUUCCUGCUCCGCUCCAAGGGAGAGUGUCAUCGCACCUGCCCAGAGCAUUACUACACGGAUCAAGACACACGGACGUGUGAGAGAUGCCACCCAACUUGCAGCAAAUGCAGAGGAAAAGGACCGUUGAACUGUUUAUCUUGUGUGUGGAGUUACCACCUAGCGGGAGGAAUCUGCACCUCAGACUGUCUGGUGGGAGAAUACAGAGUGAAAGAGGGGGAGAAGUUUAACUGUGAAAAAUGCCACGAAAGCUGCGUGGAAUGCAAGGGACCCGGCACCAAGAACUGCACUGUGUGCCCCGCCGACCUGGUGCUGCUUAUGGACGACAGUCGUUGUCUACACUGCUGCAAUACUUCCGACCCCUCCGAUGCCCAGGAGUGCUGUGACUGCCGGGACACCACAGACGAGUGUAUCCUUCAAGCAAGUGAAAUUGGGCCUGCAGGCGAGCGGACCAAGACAGCCCUGUUCAUCACCUCCUCCAUUAUGCUGGUGCUUCUGCUCGGGGCGGCGGUGAUUGUCUGGAAGAAAUCACGGGGCCGAGCCCAGCCAGUAGCAAAAGCCGGCUAUGAGAAGCUGGCCGACCCCGGCAAGUCAUAUGUUUCCUAUAAGAGCAGCCAUCUUGAAAGCACCAGCUUUGAAGAAGAUCAGGUCAUUGAGUACAGGGACCAGGACUAUGAUGAGGAGGAGGAUGAUGACAUCGUCUACAUGGGCCAAGAUGGCACCAUCUACCGGAAAUUUAAGUGUGGGCUGCUGGAUGAUGAUGAGGAUGAGCUGGAAUACGACGAUGAGAGUUACUCCUUCCAGUAGACACAGCCCUCCCCCGCCUUCGACCCGCCCCAUCCUGUCCCAGGCAUUACAGUUUUGGGGUUUUAGUCCCACACACCAGUCUGAUGUGUGGGUGUUUGCGUCCUCUUAACCCUGAGUCCAGCUAG